AAGUGAGAAAGUGACUCCCUAUAUUAACUAAAAACAAGUGAUGCAAGGUCCAAAAAGGUUGCUUGGAUAAGUAAAGGCAGAAUUCCCUGCAUUCAAAUUUAAAGUUGAAUAGAAUGUCAAAAGUCAUAGUUAAGUUUUACCAAUGUGGAGGUUUAUUUGCUGCUUUCAGUUCACUAUAAAUACUCGAACGCCAUUUCAGUUCCCUGCAACACCAACUUGUUCUCUUUUGCUUAAUUACCCUUUCUUGUGAUCUUUAAUCCAAAUGGCUCCUCUUCAAGUUCUCUCUGUCUUUGUAGCAUCUUUUAUCUUCAUGCAAACUCUGGGGAACUCUCAAACAUGCCCGGAUUGUUUCACUCGUUCUCGUGCAGCCCACUAUCCAAAUUCAGAAGAAAAAGGAACAGAAACUGGGAGUUGUGGAUUUGGUACUUUUGGAGCAACAAUCAAUGGCGGAGAUGUCUCAGCAGCAUCAGAACUCUAUCGAAAUGGUCUAGGAUGUGGUGCAUGCUACCAGGUGAGGUGCACCGACGGUAACUACUGUUCUGAUAAAGGAGUGACUAUAGUUGUAACAGACCAAGGUGCAGGUGAUCGCACAGACUUUAUUCUAAGUCAGCGAGCCUUUGCUCGCAUGGCUCAGACAACAGAUGCUGCUGCUUCUAUAUUGCCACUUGGUGUGGUGGAUAUUGAAUACAGAAGGGUCUCAUGCACCUACCCGGACAAAAAUAUUACAAUCAAGAUUGAAGAGAGCAGCGACAAUCCUCAUUACUUGGCUUUUGUGAUAUGGUAUCAACAAGGAAAAAAGGAUAUUACAGCUGUGCAACUAUGUGAGACACAAAAUUUUGUAUGUAAGCUGUUGGACAGGACACGUGGAGCAGUGUGGACUACUACUUCACCUCCAAGGGGACCUCUGCAAAUCAGAAUGCUACUGAGUGUUGAUGACGAAGAUGAGACAUGGGUUGUUCCUGUCAAUAAUAUACCUGAAAACUGGAAAGCUGGUGACACAUACGACUCAGGAAUACAAGAAGAUGCAUAAACACAAAGGAUUGUUGCUAUUUAAUUAAAUUUUAUUAUAAAAGCUUAUUGUCUCUUUGAUAUUGUUACUCUGCGGUAGCUAUCGUUCUUUACGGCUAGUAAAUAUAAUCAACAAAAAUUAUCCUGACUCAAUUAUGUAUUUUCAACAAAUAAAGUUUAUGCUUUAAAACAGUUUUUCAUAUUGAUUCAUGACCGGAAUGUAAGAAUACAGAACUUGUCUACAUCUAUUAUUUAAGUUGUG